AUGCAUUACAGAAGCAUCACGGUAGCGUUGGCCGCAGUGUGCGGUGUUGCCGCUCAGCGUCCCGCCGAUACCCCGAUUUGCGACUACUACACCACAGCGCUGCUGAAGAACAACACUGCUCAGAAUCAGUACACUCUGCUUACCCUUCUCGUCAACACUGUUGUCAUUGGAAACUACACAACACCCAAUGUCGGAGUCAAGGUUCCUGGUAUCUUGGCCGCCGGCAACUACAACGGCGCGGAUGUGAACCUGUUGCCUUACUUCAACGGCGGCCUGGCUUCCUCGAACCGCGGAGGCAGCUCCGGAGUGUCGGUCAACUUCCUCGAUGGCGGUGGCGCUGCGCCUCUGAUGAAGAACAUGCCCGCCAACGAUGACAAGUCCAACCAAUACUUCCUCUUGACUCAUCUCUACCAAUUCUUCGGCGCUCUGCUUGGUUGCACCCAAUACGGAAUGGUUGGAUUUCCUUCUUACGAUGGCCAUGCGUCCAUGUACCAGGUCCACAAGUUCAUGGACUUGGACGUGAACGAAGUCGGAUACUUCAUCCAGCAAGUUGCCAUGGCCGGCGCUUCUUUCGGAGUCGCCCAAGAUGACCUCAAGGCCGUCGGCAUGGCACUCAACCAGCUCUUCGGAAUGCGCUGCAGCCCGCCGGCUGUGGCCAUUCCCGCUCAAGGCCCGCAGCUCCAGGCCAUCUGCAUCGAGAACUCCUGCCCCGUUUCGCCGAAUGCCACAUGUGCCAGCUAUGAGCCAGCCAUGGCGCCCAGCAACUCGACAGGAGGAGGUAUGAAUGCGACGGGCACAAUGACCGGCACUGCUUCGACAUCAAUGGCGACUGCGACGGGAACAAUGGUGCCGAGCACUGUUCCAACGGCUGGUGCUGCUAUUCAGGGCGUCAGCUUGGCUGCUGUUGCCGGAAUCUUUGCCCUGCUGCUUUGA